GCAGUUUUUAACCCCUUCCCCAGGCUAGCUGUGCCCCUUAACUUCCACUCCUCCCCCAACUCUCUCUUCAUUCCUUCUGCUCCCUCCCCCUUCAUGCCCCUCCCCCUCUGUCUGUCUUCAGACUCUGCUGCUGGGAGGUGUUUCUCUCCCAUGCAUGAAUGAGUCUCUGUAAUGAAUGGAAAUGAAUGGAUCAGGAAUCCAGGCAGAGGGAGGGAGAAUGAAGGGGGGAAAGACAGAAAGGGUAAGGGCAGAAGGAAGCACUGUGGAACCUGGAAGGAUGUGUGGCUGGCUGGUCAGGGUUCUCAGAGCAACUGGUCCCACUUGGAUAACUGGGGAGCAUGUCAAGCCCACCCCAUUUGCUCACCACACUGUACAGCCCAACCUACAUUGGAGGAGGGCAUACUGUGAUGGUUUUCCCUACCACCAGGGGGUAGGGUGGUAGCUGUGGUUGUUCUAGACCGUGCAUUUAAAAUACAGAAUUUGGGGAAGCGGUCUGAAUUAUCUGGGAGGCUGGUGGGCUUAGCAAAUCAAGGGGUACAGCUUUUGAGUAGAGCAGCCCUUUCGUGCCUCAAGAUGCAAGUAGGGAGAAGGGAUUGGUUUUUGGAAUACAGAGUGCUGAGAGUCUACAGGUAGGGAGUGACUUUACUGCUGAAAACUAGGGCUCACCUUUUCCUCCAAAUCUGUCUCUUGCUUUAGCUCCACAGCACCUGUUGCCUUCAUUAGCAGCCUUUCCUCCUCUUCCCUGCACUCCCCAGAACCAAAGAAUGUGAAGGGGGUCCAUGGAGGGCUCACGUCCCCGCGCCCCGAGCGGCCACUUAGCGCCGUCGCCGCCAGCUUUCGACGGCGAGCUGGAUCUGCAGCGAUACUCCAACGGGCCAGCCGUGAGCACAGGGUCACCUGGGAUGGGAGCAGUGAGCUGGUCUGAGAGUCGUGCAGGCGAACGGCGCUUCCCCUGCCCUGUAUGCGGGAAGCGCUUCCGCUUCAACUCUAUCCUGGCUUUGCACCUGCGGGCACACCCAGGCGCGCAGGCCUUCCAGUGCCCUCACUGCGGCCACCGUGCGGCGCAGCGGGCUCUGCUGCGUUCGCACCUGCGCACACACCAGCCCGAGCGCCCACGUAGUCCUGCCGCACGCCUGUUGCUGGAGUUGGAAGAGCGUGCGCUACUGCGCGAGGCCCGACUGGGGAGAGCCCGAAGCUCAGGGGGCAUGCAGGCCGCCCCUGCCACUGAGGGCUUGGCGCGGCCCCAAGCUCCUUCAUCGUCCGCCUUCCGUUGCCCCUACUGCAAAGGCAAGUUUCGCACCUUGGCGGAGCGGGAACGCCACCUGCACAUCCUGCACAGGCCCUGGAAGUGCGGCCUGUGCAGUUUCGGCGCCAGCCAGGAGGAGGAGCUGCUGCACCACAGCCUGACCGCCCACGGAGCUCCCGAGCGCCCUCUGGCGGCCACCUCCGCUGCGCCCCAGCCUCAGCCUCCACCCCAGCCCGAACCCAGAUCGGUCCCUGAGCCGGAGCCAGAGCCGGAGCCUGAACGUGAGGCAAACCCGGCCCCAGCUCCUGCAGCUCCCGAGGAGCCCCCAGCGCCUCCGGAGUUCCGCUGCCAAGUGUGCGGCCAGAGCUUUACACAGUCUUGGUUUCUCAAGGGCCACAUGCGCAAACACAAGGCCUCCUUCGAUCACGCGUGUCCCGUGUGCGGCCGUUGCUUCAAGGAGCCCUGGUUCCUUAAGAACCACAUGAAGGUGCACGCCAGCAAGCUGGGCCCGCUGCGCGCCCCGGGGCCUGGCUCCGGGCCUUCUCGGGCUCCCCAGCCUCCUGACCUGGGCCUGCUGGCCUAUGAGCCGUUGGGUCCAGCGCUCCUGUUGGCCCCGGCGCCUACCCCGGCCGAGCGCCGUGAGCCCCCGAGCCUCUUGGGCUACCUGAGCCUGCGAGCUGGCGAGGGCCGGCCCAAUGGCGAGGGUGCUGAGCCCGGGGCCGGCCGCAGCUUCGGAGGCUUCCGCCCGCUAUCCUCUGCUCUCCCGGCCCGGGCUCGCCGGCACCGUGCGGAGGAGCCCGAGGAGGAAGAGGAGGUGGUGGAGGCCGAGGAGGAGACCUGGGCCCGGGGCAGGUCAAUGGGCCCUCUGGCUUCCCUGCACCCGCGCCCGGGUGAGGGACCUGGGCACUCUGCGCCUGCUGCUGGGGCCCAGGCGAGAUCGACCGCCACGCAGGAAGAGAAUGGGCUGUUGGUUGGAGGGACCAGGCCUGAAGGGGGCCGGGGCGCCACCGGCAAGGAUUGUCCCUUCUGCGGAAAAUCUUUCCGCUCGGCACAUCACCUCAAAGUGCAUCUGCGAGUGCACACAGGCGAGCGGCCCUACAAGUGUCCGCACUGCGACUACGCGGGCACCCAGUCCGGCUCGCUCAAGUAUCACCUACAGCGCCACCACAGGGAGCAGAGGAGUGGGGCCGGCCCCGGGCCACCCCCGGAGCCACCGCCCCCUUCCCAGCGGGGUUCAGCCCCGUCAUCUGGAGCCAAGCCGUCUCCGCAGCCUGCGACCUGGGUGGAGGGCGCCUCAAGCCCCCGGCCUCCUUCUAGCGGUGCUGGGCCGGGGUCCCGUCGGAAGCCCACCAGCCCUGGGAGGACCCUGCGCAACGGGCGAGGCGGUGAGGCCGAGCCCCUGGACCUGUCCCUGCGGGCAGGGCCGGGAGGCGAGGCCGGGCCGGGGGGUGCCCUCCACCGCUGCCUCUUCUGCCCUUUCGCCACUGGAGCCCCGGAGCUCAUGGCCUUGCACCUUCAGGUGCACCACAGCCGCCGGGCUAGGGGCCGCCGGCCACCUCAGGCUGACGCGUCCCCACCCUAUGUCCGAAUACCAUCAGGGGAGACCCCUCCCAGUCCUUCGCAGGAAGGGGAGGAGGGUUCUGGGCUGUCCAGACCGGGAGAGGCAGGGCUGGGGGGGCAAGAACGGUAGUGAGCCCUCAGGGGCGAUUAGCUUAGUGAGCUUACCCCGCCGGAGCGGGGGAGCGCUAGAGGUAGUUGGGUAGAGACGCCAGCAGGGGGCAGCGUGGGACCCAUAUCCCAGCCCCAGGCGGACCAGAGGUGGAGGGGGCGGCGGGCGUAGGAGGGUGGGCUGGUGGUACCCACCCAGCCCAAGGGAGUCACAGUGCCUUAGAAGUGGCAGAGGUGAGGGUCAAAGAACAGAGUCCCAGGGCUGGCAGAGAGGGUUUGUGUCCCGGUUGAGGAGCCACUCUGCCAGUCUUUGCUGGUCCAUAGGCGUGAGAGUUUAUUUUUGUACAAGGGGUGAGGGUGGGGGGGCACUGUACCCUUCUAGCCCCAUCAGGGGCCCUGUAGACGUUGCUAUUUUUGGUACGAUUCCUGUCAUCCCUGUCGCAGAGUCGUGUCCCCAAUAAACAGGUGUCUUGAGGCACAGGGCCCUG